AGGAUCCUUGAGGAGAGAAAGGCCCAGGAAAUCAGUCUGGUCAGUCUGAUGCCACAGUUUAGUUAAGGAGCAGAGUGCUCAAGGAAUGUGUCACACAGCAGCCUGCUUCCCCCAGGCCCUCCUUUUCUUCCAGGAACAUGAGAAGAGACUGGUAAAUGGAAAAUCCUUCUUCCCUGCAAACAGAGCCACCACACCAGCAUCUACUACUUCCUGAUGUUUGGCUUUUAUAAAGGGUUCUUGGUGCACUCUGGGAUGGAAAUUUUUCUCAAGGCAACCAGCAGAAACUAUUUUAGGCUGAGAUUUUCAUAACAGCUUUACUGCCUUCCUAAAGAAAGAGAUCACCUGAUUUCCUGGAAACAUUGGAGAAAAACCACCCCACUCCACCACCAUUUACAUCUGCUUGGCAAUGGAUGGUGGGUGAAGGACUUUGGGCACUGGAACAUUUGGACCAGGAGCAGAUCCUCUGAGGCAUUUCAUGGACUGACAGGAGAGAGAAAAAGGUGGCUGAGGAAAUGGGAGCCAGUCAAGGUGACCAGAGUUGUUCACUGCUCUCUUAUCUCCCCAUACACAGCCAAGUUCUCACAUCUGCUCUUCUCCAGGCCAUUGCUCAAGCAGUAAAAUACAGAUGGUUUCUCAGCAAGAAUCCCAUGGAAGGAAGGAAUGAAAGAAGGAAGGGAAGGACCCCUAAUCCCCAAAAGCCAGAUGAGGUCAGUGUUAGCAGCAGAAGACACACAGUACCACUCUGGUAGCCUCAAGUGCACCUGAAUGCUCACACUGCCCGUGCCCCCAGUCCCAACCCCUCCCUCCCAGAGAGGAGCAGCAGAAAGAAAUGAAACACUACAGAUGAGGAGGGCAAGGAGUUCAGGAAGGCUCUAAUCUCAUGAACUCGCUGGAGGGGAUGAGGAACUGCUUGUUCCGGGCGCUGGGGGAUCAGCUGGAGGGGCACUCCCGCAACCACCUGCGCCACCGCCAGGAGACCGUGCAGUUCAUGGUGCAGCAGCGCGCCGACUUCGAGCCCUUCGUGGAGGACGAUGUGCCCUUUGACAAGCACGUUGCCAAUUUGGCCAAGCCUGGUACUUUUGCUGGCAAUGAUGCUAUCGUGGCCUUUGCAAGGAACAACCAAAUGAAUGUGGUUAUUCAUCAGCUCAACACUCCACUGUGGCAGAUCCGGGGCACGGACAGGAGCGGCGCCAGGGAGCUGCACAUCGCCUACAGGCACGGCGAGCACUACGACAGCCUCAUUUGUUGUGAUUCAUGUUGUUGUAGUGCACUGGAGUUUGUCUGCAGUGCAGGAGAUGUGGGAGGCUCUCAGCCAUGGUGGAAGUUACAGUUUCCAGGAGGGUUUGACACAGGAUGUUCCCAAGAAAAGUGUGCCAUGAUAAUUGCUGUUGUUAGGAUGUCAGACUUUGUUGGAUUGCAUGCUUGUGUGAUCUGCUGGGUGUGUGAUCUGUGUGUCCUGCUGGGCUUUGCUCUUCUUCAGAUGCUUUGCAAGAACGAUUCCAGUAAGGCAGAGGAAGUGAAGCCACAGAAGGGCAGCUCUGAAGAUGAGACUGAGGUGGAGAUGGAAGAUGCUGUACAAAAAGUGUGCAGUGCAACUGGGUGUUCAGACAUGGAUUUAGUGAGCCACAUUCUUGAGGUGGAGGACUACAACGUGGAGUCUGCAAUAUUUGUCAUCUUGCAGAUGAAGGAAGUGGAAGGAAUAGGUGCUGAGGAGCAGCAGGAGCCCCCAGGCAGGGAGCAGAAAUCCUGCAGCAGGACACUGUGGGAAGAGAAUGGAACUGGUUCAAGAAUCUUUGGAAAUCAGAGCUUGCAUCCAGGUGAAGCAGAGAACAACAAGGGACAAGCUGGAUCCAGGGAAGAGAACCGAGCCAGCAGGAACCCAAAGGUGGCCAAGAGGCAAAGGAAGGAGCAGCAGCGGCUGGAGAAGAAGAAGCGGCAGGAGGAGAGGCACCGGCAGAAGGUCCUGGCCACCAAGGGGGACAGGGCAGACACCAGCACAGAGACAGAGCCAGCCAGCCAUGUCACCCUGGUCAAGGCCAUGGCUGCCCUGAACAUAUGACUCAGUGCUCUGAUGAGAAAAGCAAAUAAAACUGAUGAAGGCGAAAUUCCCCCAGGAGAAUUUCCAGGCACCCGUGUUUAUCUUGAAAUCCAUCUCUGCUGGGAUUUCCAAACACAAGAGAGCUUCCUCUUCCUUUGCUUGUGGGGAGGACAAUUGCUCAUUGAUUCUGCAUCAACCUGUGGUGAGAAGAGCUGUUUAAACUUAACAGGAAGUAGAGACUUGGAUCUAUAAUUUUGGAGUUACAUGAAGGUCAGGACCUUUUCUUCACACAACGGUGUCAGAUUUAUUUUGACAUCUCUUGAUGUGCCUGGUUUGGUUUUGUUUUGGUUUUUUUUUUAUUUUAUUUGGUUAUGCCUGGAGGAGCUUUAUUUUACCUCACUGUCAGGGUGUCAGACAAUCUCUUAACAAAUCUCAACUCAGGAAUAUCUCUAGUGGAUCUUUUUCUAUUUAAAUUCAAAAAAAAGUAAGAAAACAGAGUCCCAGAAUCCUUUCCAAAGCAAAGUGUGUCAGCCAGCACUGCUGUCUCAAACAUGACAUUCCUGUUUUGUUUGCCAUGCAGGAAUACAGUGACAAGUUUUAAUCUCACUGGAACUGCUGGCAUUGCACUGAGCAGGUUCAGAAGUGAUGAAUACAUGGAGGGAGCUGGGGAUUGCUGCAUCCAUGCUUGCUGAGGUUUGGGAUCAGCUCCUUUAUGAUGAGACCUGUAGGGGAUAAAAAAACCCCAAAACAAUAAUCCCAGUUGACUCAUGAGAAUGCAGAGCUGAUUCUUCUGAUCUGGUAAAAUGUGACAGGAACAGGCUUCAAGUUUCUGAUGCAUGGUGUUACUUGGACACCUGGAGUCUUGUCCCCUUUGCCCUGUUCCAGAGCUUUUGGGCCACUCCAGGGCUUUAGUCCAAGUCAGGGGCUGGCUAGGUGUCAGUCUCCAAAUGAAAUCAGUAUAGCCAAAGGACCAAGAGAACUGAGAAGAAGCUCCCAAGCCGCAUUGAUCCCAGGAAAACCUGCCUAUUUCACUUCAUAAAUCAACCUUUUUUUCCAGGGUAGUUUUUUUUUCUUCUUAAAUUCCAUUUUAGUGAGGUCACCAAGUAGGAUGCAGAGCUUGACUCCUGUGAUGUUUUCCACUGUAGGACUGAGAAUUUGGAUAGAAGUGAAAGGGCUGUGGGAUUGAUCAGCCUUUGAUUUAUAGCUCCCAGUGUUUCAGCUCCACUCAGGUUUUUGGACUUGUAACAAGCACUAAGCUUGAAGAAAGGACAUGUGCACUACACACUGAGACACCUCAUCAGCCAUGGCAGAGGUGAGAGGGAUUUUUUAAAAGUAAGGAGUGUUGCAUUUUAAAAACUUGUCUGUGCUUAAAAGUUUAUAAAUCAGCAUGGAAAUAUUAAUGGGUUUUUACUGAACUGCCAGGAACUGGGCUGGUACUUGAAGAAUAAGAAGGAAGGACUCUCCUGUAAGAACUGGUGGCGUAGGAAUUCCUUUUUCUCCAAGACAGUCAUUUUUACAGUAGUGGGAAGGGAGGUGAGUCACAGCUUAGUGGGGAGAAAGUGCAAAUUCUUUCAGGGGGUGAUAAAUUGUGACAGCGGGUUUGGCAAGGCAGUGCAGGUGACUGUGUCACCCGUGUCCUGCCCUGUCCUGUGUUUUGGUCUGAAAGGCAGGUGUGUUCUGAGGUUUGAAGAGAUAAGAAAUUGCAGUUGUGCACUGUGAGUAAGAGAUUUGAUCUCAAUGAUUUGGGGUUUUGUCCUGUGGAGCCAGAGCUGACAAGACAUUCAUUGUUGCCUGCAGCCUGAGAGCUGUGGAGGGAGUUGGUGAGGAGGGAACCCAAACCUCACCCCAUGGUGUGCAGCAGGAAAGGAGGGUCUGCAACAGCAGCACCAACAGCAGAGGGAGAGAGUGGCCCACAGCUCAUGGCCUCUGAUACAUGAACAAAAUCUGGGGCUGAAAAUGCUUUCAUUUCCAAGUGUAAUGUGAUUAAAAUAAACUCUUAAUGUGCUGGGCUCUUAAAUCUUGACAAACCAGUCAAAUUCCCUUUAUCUUGCCAGGGCAGCUUUGUGCCUGCACAGCCAUUCCAUAUCCAGAGAUGUUAAAACUGAUUUUGUCUCUUUCACGUUUUUCCCGUUGAAAUUUCCACCUUCCCAAUGUAUAUUUUUUUCCCUAGGGAAUCUUUGUGCAACAUUCUUCACCAAACUCA